AUGUCGGUCGCAAUGGUGCUGGCCGCACUGGUUGUGGGCCUCCUUGUUCUUCUGUUACCGCACGAGAAGGAGCCUCCGCGCGUGGAGUCGGGCUUGCCGCUCGUUGGACCCCUGAUCGAAUUCUCAUCAACCCCCCGCCCCUUCCUACAGCGACUCGAAAAGCAGUAUGGCCAAGCGUUUACGUUGGACCUGCUGAUCGAUAAGAUGACUUUCAUUCUCGGGCGUGAGGGCAACCGGCUCUUCUUUGAUUCCACCGACGACAUCCUCGACUUCAACAGUGCUGUUGCAGCGGUGGCGCAGAACGUGCUGGGGCCGGAAACUUUCACGGAGGACCCCGUGUGGACCAGCAAGAGCAGCCCAUACAUCACCAAGGGCUUCAUGAGACAUGAGCGCUUGAGCCUCUACAACUCGCUUAUCAACGACGAGGUGCGAAAGCACAUCAAGAUCUGGUGCGGGAAGGACAAGGUGGAUCUCUUCAAGUCGGUGUCGCAGCUGGUCACCAGCAUCAACAUUCGCUGCGUGCUGGGCGACGACGCCUACCACGCGCACGCCGAGGAGAUCGCCUCCAUCUACUACCAGCUCGAACUCUCCGCUAUGGACACAGUCGCGAUUCUGUUCCCCAGCCUGCCGACGGCGACCAAGCGCGCCAACGAAAAGGCGCGGAAGCGACUCAUCGAGAUCAUCUCCAACGUGCUCCACAGUCGCUCCGAGGACCAGGAAACGUCGGACUACAUCGGAAUGGUGUGGACGGCGGAGAAGGAGAACCACAGCGUCCACACCUUCGCCAUGCACGCCCUGGCGGUCAUGUUCGCUGCGCACACCAACACUGCUGGCACAACGGGCUGGACACUCGCUAAUUGGGCCAACAACCAGUCACUGGCUGACAAGGCACUGCGCGAGCAGACGCAGCUGAUCGCGGAAAUGGGCGAGGAGGCGGAGACGUUGGCGCCCAACUUCAUCAGCAAGCUCGAGUACCUGGACAGCUGCAUGAAGGAGACGGUUCGUCGCUACGGCAUGCUCAUGCUCGUGCGCAAGGCCAUGAAGGACGUCGCCUUCACCUCCGCCGACGGCCGCGAAUUCACCAUCCCCAAAGUGUCGUCGCCGUUCCUGUCGCACCACAACAGCGAGGUGUACCCGGAGCCGAGCCUCUACGACCCGGAGAGGUUCGCCGAUCCCGAAAGGAAGCAGAGCCUCGUCGCCAACCGGCACUACGUCCAGUUCGGCUUCGGCCGCCACAAGUGCCUCGGCGAGCGGUUUGCGAACGUGGUCAUCAAGAUGGUGCUCUCGCUGGUGCUCAGGUCGUGCCAAUUCGAGCUGGUGAGCGACAUGUCGGACGCCGACUACCGCAAGCAGGCCGGCACUCCCAAUCCCGAGCACACCAUCUGGGUCAAGUUCAGGCCGAGGGAGUGA